AGUAAAUCCCGCUGUCCGGCCAAAAAUAAGAUAAGUAAAUUAAAAUUAAUAGCAGUUCCUGCCAAACCGAAAUAAUGCGGGAAGCUGACUUGGAGGACCAGUACGAGAGGUUUCCGGCCAUCAAGCGGUCGGAGGUGCAGAAGUUCGUGGAAUGGAUCCAUGCCCAGCCGCACAUCUCCGAUAGGUUCUCCGAGGGCGAGGCGCUGCACUUCUUCCACGCCUGCCGCUACAGCAUGGAGGUGGCCAAGCAGGUGCUGGACACCAAUCUCACGGCCCGCACCCACCUGGAUGAGUUCUUCGUCAAUCUCGACAGCGAGCGGCCGGAAAUUAGGCGCGCCAUGAAAACGGUUUCUAUUGUUCCACUGCCUGGAUCCACUCCUGAGGGAUAUCGUGUGAUUAUCGGAAAACUAGAUGACUUGAAUGCCUCCAACUAUAACUAUGCGGAUGUUAUGAAGUUAUACUGUAUGGUAUUUGACUAUUGGAUGUACGAGGAUGGGAUACAACCGGGCCACGUGAUAGUGAUCGACCUGAAGGGCACCUCCCUGGGCCAUGUGGCUCGCAUUGGUCUGCUGCAGAUGAAGAAGUUCCUCUUUUAUCUGCAGGAAGCGGCAGCCAUCAGAUUGAUAGGCUUUCACUUCAUCAAUAUUGUUCCCUUCAUGGACAAGAUUCUGGCGUUGAUGACGCCGUUUAUGAAGAAGGAACUAACGAGCGUCCUGCAUAUGCACAGCGACAUAAAUGAGUUCUACAAGUUUGUGCCCAAGGAAAUGAUGCCCAAGGAAUAUGGAGGACAACUAGAGGAAAGCAGUUUGGCCAAAGAGAUCUAUUACAAGAAACUACUCGAUAAUCGAAAGGAAAUGCUGGAAUUCGAGACGCGUCACCAGGUGAACGAAAAGCUAAGGCCCGGCAAGGCCAAGAAUGCCUCCGAUCUCUUUGGCAUUGAGGGAAAUUUCAAGAAACUGGACAUUGAUUGAUACGUAGUGCUUUCUGUAGUACCUAGGAAAAUUUGUGUUAUUGGGGUUAUAAAUAAAAUGUAU